AUGUGCACCACCACCGUUUACAUCCACCCUGAUGGCACCCGCAUCAUCGACACAAAGGGUGCCUAUCUUUGCCCGGACUCGCGAUACGGAAAUGCUUGCCGCGCCCACACCGAGAUUCAGCGCGCACUGCUGCCUGCUCAUGGGCCGGCCGCCACCAUCCACACACCUGUCAGCAGCAUCCCCCCGAGCCCACGACACUCGCCGCGUCUCUCCAACCGGGACACAACCUCCCACAGUGACCGACAUUCCCGACACUCGUCGGCAUCCUCGUCGUCGCGCCUUCAGCGCUCGCCGGGCAUCUACGUCAACGGCCUGCGCGUCGCAGAGUCGCACAGCAGCAGCAGCCGGGAGCGCACGAUGAUGCCGCACCCGCCAACGCCGCGCACGCCGCCCCAGGCGCAACACAUGCCGCGUUCCGCACCGUCCUCGCCCUUGAGCAACCUCGCCCCGCCGCACGGCACCUCUCCCCGCGAACGUUACAGCCGACCGUACCACGUUGACGAGCGCGCGCGGGGGCCGCAGCUGGUGUCGGGCUUCCCGCCCUCGCCUCCGCCCAGCAGCUCGUCGUCGCGGCACUCCCGCCAGGCGUCGACCAGCUCCCAGGGCAGCCGUCACUCGUCAUCCUCGUAUGAACGGGAGGAGCGUCACCGCCGGCAGGAGGAGCACGAGGCCCGGCACAGCGACCGCAAGAUGCACGAGCUGCGCGAGCGGGUCGGCAAGGCCAACACGAACAUUGCUAGCCGCCGCGACACGUCGGCGUCGGUGCAGCCUCAGCAGAUGCAACCGGUGUCGGAGCGCCGCAGCCGGCGCGACAGCGUGCAGGAUGUCGUCGUCGACGCCAUGGGCCGACUCACGGUCGAGGACAAGAAGUGGACGGCGCGCAAGGCGCACCAACGCGCCCUCGAGCUCGAACAGCAGGAGCUCGAGGCGCAGAACAGGCGUCUCGAGGAGCGGCUGCCAAGCCGACGGGCGACUGUCGGCCCAAGCAGCCGGCGCCAUCGAGUCGCGUACGAGGACGGCCACUACCGCUAUGAGUAG